CCAACUUGACCGCUACAUUCUUUUUACCCUCAGCGUCCUGUAUCAUUCAAUUUCGUAGCAGUACACUCUUUGAAAAGAGAAAACACUCAUUCACCUUUUAAAAUGCCUCCCCGUCCAUCUGAGAUAGCUGCUCAGAAGAGGAAUGCUAAAAAGAAAGAGAAAGUAGCGGCGAGACAAGUGUCUUCCGGCGCUGAGGUCGUAACCCCAGACAUAGCUGAUGACAUCGCAGAUAGCAAGCUGCAACGGUCUUCAAAGAAAAAAGCACUGGAGCGCAAAGGUGAGCGCCUAAACCCAUAUUGUGCAAAAAAAUUAUGCUACAUACCUAUGUUUGCAACUGUUAUCUAUGCCAUACUGAUGGACUGGAGGAGCGGCAAUCCACCGUCGAGCUCUCAAGUCAAAUCAUUCAAUGCUACUGUCUACAUUAGCGUUUACAAAGCCCAUGAAGCAACCCUCACUCGGAUCUUUGAAGGCGGUAAAAAGAAGUAUCAUGCGCUGAUGGCACGGCUUUACAAGGCUGUCUGUGUGUCGGACAAUGUGUUGCUGCCAUCUGGUGCGCUGAGCAACUUCGACUACCUCGAUCUCAGUGCAAUGUCCGAGGAUUGA